UCCAGAAAUACGCUGUUGCGAGCACACCGUCAGAUUAUUCGUCUACGCACGAUGGACACUAUCCUCAUGAAUGCACAACGUCAAGGUCGUAUUUCCUUUUAUAUGACAUGUACAGGGGAAGAAGCCAUUCAUAUAGGCGCAGCGUCGGCUUUGAACAUAGGAGAUCCUAUUCUAGCUCAGUACCGCGAACAAGGUCUAAUCAUGUGGCGUGGUUUUACCCUUGACCAGUUUACAGAUCAGUGCUUUUCUAACGAAGCCGAUAUGGGCAAAGGGCGCCAAAUGCCAAUUCACUAUGGCUCAAGAGCUUUAAAUUAUCAUACAAUUUCGAGUCCUUUGGGGACACAACUUCCUCAGGCAGUCGGAGUGGCCUAUCGUCUCAAACUUAAUGGCAAUCGAAAUGUUUCGGUUGCUUUGUUUGGCGACGGUUGUGCAUCGACCCCGGAUUUUCACUCUGCCUUAAAUUUCGCAGCUGUCCUCAAGUCACCGACUUUAUUUAUUUGCCGCAACAACGGCUACGCCAUUUCAACAUCGGUCGAGGACCAGUACGCAGGUGACGGCAUAAUUUGCCGAGCUCCAGGUUACGGCAUGGCAGGCAUUCGUGUCGACGGGAACGAUAUUUUCGCCGUACACGCAGCGGUCCGAGAAGCCAAGCAAUAUGCGUUGGAACGCCACGCACCCGUUUUAAUCGAGUGUAUGACCUACCGGCAGGGACACCAUAGUACGUCCGACGACUCAUCGCGAUAUCGCAGCUCAGAAGAAGUUGAAGCAUUUGCCGAAAUCUGUGAUCCGUUGACACGAUUAGAGAACUUUUUGACCCAACAUGAGUGGCUGAAUGAAGAAAAGGCCAAGGAAAUUCGAGACGAAGAAAAGCAAGCCGUCAUUAAAGCCAUGAAUCAAGCCGAAAGAAAGCCAAGACCAAAGUUGGACUACAUGUUCACCGACGUGUACCACGACAUGCCGCCACAUCUUGUGGAGCAACAGACGCAGCUUCACGAUCAUCUCUCCAAAUAUCCAAACGAAUAUUGA